AUGCGACGCGCUAUCACCCAGGCCGGGACACUGCUGAACCAUGAAGCCUCGAUACCACUGUUUCUCUGUCCUGCCCUACUUAGAGCCUCCAUAACCACCGCUCGCCGCGGUCCCUCCCGAGCCAGGUCCUCGACAAACUUUUCAACGUCAAGGCCAAUAAAGGACCAAGUCCGCGCUGAUGUGCCUCUUACCGAAAACCAUGAUGCGUCCCUGCAGAAUCCACCAGCUUCAAGAUCAUUACCUCGAGCGUGCCCGGGAUGUGGUGCGCCCGCUCAGAUUUAUGAACAAAACGAAGCGGGGUAUUAUAACAUAGACAGGAAGGCAGUACGCGCAUAUCUCAAUCCAGUCGAAAAUAUACCAAAAGAUACGGCAACACAAGAAGACCAUGUCUACGAACAGGCACUCAGCAACGUCGAUCCCCAGCUGCUGGGAGAGUUGGGUAUUGCCAAAGAGGGGAAACAAAUCCCCGACAACGAUCCACCACCAACACCUGUAUGCGACCGAUGCCACAGCCUCCUCCACCAUCGCCUAGGGUCGCCCAUCCACCAUCCGACCGUCGAUGCCAUACAACAGACCAUUGCCGAAUCACCGCACCGACGUAACCACAUCUACCAUGUCGUCGACGCUGCCGACUUCCCCCUCUCCAUUGUCCCAAACCUCCAGUCCUCCUUGCGCAUUCCCAAACUGCGAACACAAAACAGGCGAGCCAAACACAAGGGCUGGGUCGCCAAUGAUCGCAUUGCAGAGGUUAGCUUCAUCAUCACAAGAGCCGAUCUCUUAGCGCCAAAAAAGGAACAAGUCGAUGCACUCAUGCCGUAUAUUCGAGAUGUGCUCCGUGAUGCCCUCGGCCGUCAGAAUGCGAGUGCGCGUCUAGGUAAUGUACGCCUCGUCAGUGCAAAGCGGGGAUGGUGGACCAAGCAAGUCAAAGAAGACAUAUGGGAUCGCGGAGGCGCAGGCUGGAUGGUCGGCAAGGUCAACGUGGGAAAAUCAAAUCUCUUCGAGGCCGUCUUCCCUAAAGGACGGGGGGCAGACUAUCAGGAUGUGCGCAAGAUCCGGAGCGCGGCAGAACGAGAAGCAAUGCUUCAAAACGCAAAGACACUGGAUGAGCUUGUGCAGGUCCAGCGGCAACUCGCUGAAGAGGACGCUGAGACGGAGCGUUUGAAAAAUAAGCCGCAAGAACAUCUUCACCAACCUCCCGAAGAGCUUGAAGAAACGCCAGAAGAAGAUAUUGACGACCCGGACGCCCUCCUUCCCCCGCCCCAACCAUUCACACCCUAUCCCGUUCUCCCGAUUGCCUCUUCGCUGCCUGGAACGACUGCGUCUCCGAUUCGCAUACCCUUUGGGCAGAACAGAGGUGAACUUAUCGACCUUCCGGGUCUUGCACGCACAACUCCUGGGCUAGAGACUUUUGUUCAACCCUCAGCACAGGACGACCUUGUAAUGAAGAACCGUAUCAAUUCGGAACGCUACACCCUCAAGCCGGGCCAAUCUCUAAUACUCGGCGGUGGCUUGAUACGAAUCACUCCCGUAACCCAGGACCUUGUCUUCCUCGUAUACCCCUUUGUACCCAUUCACCCACAUGUUACACGCACCGAAAAAGCAGAAGAAUACCAGGCCCAAACCUCCGAACGCCAACUCCAAACACCACCCAUUCUCGCCCCAAACGUCGGUUCCAAAAUGCACUCUGCAGGCAAAUUCCAACUCAAAUGGGACGUAACCAAAAAAAUCGCCGGCCCCGUAACCUCGCCCGUCGCCGGCAAAAUGAAGCCCGAAAACCUCCCCUUCAGCAUCUGGGGCACAGACAUCCUCAUCGAGGGUGUUGGCUGGGUCGAAGUCUCGGCGCAGACACGCAGGCCGCAGGGCUGGUCUCCCCCAGGUAUGGUCAAGAAAGAUCCCAACCAAGCUCGACUGGACCGCCAAGCCAAACUCCAAGCUGAAGCCGAUCGCAAGCAGCGCAAAUUCGAUGCUAUUGCGCGUGCAGAGCGUGAGGGCAGGGAUCCCGAGGAAGUUCUUGAAGAAGAAUUCUACGAGGACAAGAAGAGGGAGUUGAUGGAGCAGUGGGAGGAGGACUAUCCUGAAAUUGAAGUUUUCUCCCCGCUGGGCAAGUUUGUGGGACAACGGCGGCCCAUGUGUGCUAGCACCGUGAGUGGGCCGAAGCAGAUUUCUAGUAGGGAGAGGAAACAACGGCCGAGACGGAGUAUGGUUAGUGUUAAGCGGCAGAGGAAGCCAAAGGGCGUAGACUAA